AUGUUGAAGAUAUGGUCUAUGAAGAAGGAGCAGCAGAAGGCUGAGAAUGCCGACGCAGCUGGAGGCAAGAAGAAGAAGGUGACGGCUGCGCAACUGCGCGUUCAGAAAGAUCUUUCCGAGUUGUCUUUGGGAUCAACGAUGAAGACCGAGUUUCCCGACCCCGACGACAUCCUCAACUUCACCCUCGAGAUCAAGCCCGACGAGGGCAUGUACUACGGUGGCCGCUUCACAUUCACUUUCGCCAUGAGCGCCAACUACCCCCAUGAACCACCGAAGGUCCGGUGCCAGCAAAAGAUCUACCACCCGAACAUCGAUCUCGAGGGCAAGGUUUGCCUGAACAUUCUACGCGAGGACUGGAAGCCUGUUCUCAACCUCAACGCCGUCAUUGUCGGACUGCAGUUCCUGUUCCUCGAGCCGAACGCCAGUGACCCCCUCAACAAAGAGGCCGCCGAGGACCUGCGCCAGAGCCGGGAUCAAUUUAAGCGGAACGUGCGCAACUCGAUGAGCGGAGGGACUGUGCGAAACGAGCGAUACGAUGUUGUAUUGGUGAAGAACUAG